AUGAAAAGCUGUGUUGGCGUCAUACAAGUUGUCGCUUUUGUGCUAUUCUUGAUGGAUUUCAAACUUGGAUGCGGCAACAAUAUGCAUGUGCAUGCCCAAGGUAAGUCAGAUGAACCGGAGCCGGUGUUUUUGUCUCAACUACCAAACGUCACAGUGUCACAGGGAAGAGACGUAUCAUUUACGUGUGUGGUCAACAAUUUAGGGCAAUACAAGGUUGCCUGGAUUAAAUCGGACUCCAAAGCAAUACUCGGAAUUCACACCCAUAUGGUAUCCUUAAAUCCUAGAUUAUCAGUGACACACAAUGGCCACAACACCUGGAAACUUCACAUAUCCCAUGUACAACUAAACGAUUCGGGCAGCUACAUGUGCCAAGUGAAUACAGACCCCAUGAAGAGCCAGUCUGGUCACUUGUCAGUUGUUGUGCCCCCAGAUAUACUGAAUCAUCCAGAACAAAAUCUCGAAGAGAAUCUUACAAAUGAAGGUGGAACAAUAACGCUGGUCUGCAGUGCAACCGGAGUACCUAUGCCAACAGUACAAUGGAGACGAGAGGGGGGCAAAGACAUAAUCUUGAGAACAGAAUCUAGAGAAAAGCAAGUUGUGAAAACCGUGGAAGGCGAACGUCUAGUCUUGGGUAACGUACAUCGAACAGACAUGGGUGGCUACCUUUGUAUAGCGUCUAACGGUGUCCCACCAUCUGUUAGCAAACGAUUCGAUGUGCAUGUAAAUUUUCCGCCAUCCAUCAAGGCCGUAAAUCAGUUAGUGGGAGCACCCGUCGAAAGGGAAGUCACCCUGGAAUGCAUUGUGGAAGUCUAUCCAAAACCCUUAAAUGGCUGGUAUCGUAAUGAGGGGAACAUAAAGCUUCACAAUGGCAACAAGUACAAUAUAUCCGAAAGCAUGAUUAACAUGUACACUUGGCAUCUUAAUCUGACAAUACGUCAUCUAACUAAGGCGGACUUUGGCGCUUACAGCUGCUCCAGUGUAAAUGCCCUAGGCAAAAGCGAAGCUCGCAUUCGGCUGCAAGAGCUUCGCUUGCCUCCCAAGCCAACUACAACGCCGACGCCUUAUAUUCAUACAACACCCAAACCUCGUCGUAAGCAGCCAAAUAUGAACAAAGGUCUAAACGAGGUGGUCCGCGCCAAGGAGACGCACUUCACAAAUCAAAUGCAGGAGAACGAGAUUCUCGGUGGAAACAGUGCACACGGAGUUAACAUCAUCAAUGGCAUUGUUGUGGGAACCGGCAACGACAUCAAUGUCGCAAAUGGCUUGUCUAACGGAGCGGAAGUUCACACUCAGCUACCGAAUAGAAAUGGAAACGACAAAUCAUAUAAAAUAUCAUCGGCAUUCCCAACUCAAAGGACGUCAUGGAUUCUCACAGCUCCUAAUCGUGGAUGCCAACGAACAAAAACA